UAUGUUUGACGAUAAAGGGGUUUGACGAUAAUUGUUUAUAUUAAAUAUAUUUGUCUAACGGAGAUAUUAGUAAACAUCUCUCUCUUGACGCCAGUGAACUCUGCCCAAGCUGGAAUGUAAGCACGGCUAUUAUUCUCAAAUCACAUGCCUCAAUCUCCGAAAGGGAAAAAGUAUAAUAUAUAGACGUACAUCUGUCUCUUCCUGGCGUAUUAUAUUUUGACUUGGCUAUAUAGUGCAAAACAAGGACUAUUCCAAUCGGCAGACUAGACUCAGGCGUCUUCCAAUUAGGAAUAGAUUGCUUAGUGUCCCUCUUAAGCCCGUAUCAGACUGCGAAUUGAAGAUUACAAUCAGACCGAUGAAAUAAAGCAGAAUCAAGAUUUAGUUUACUUCAUUGGUCCGAUUGUAAUCAUCAAUAUUCUGUCUGAUAUUGGUUAGGUUUAAUUGGGGUAGACUUCAACCAGAAUUAUUACUUAUAAAACUGUGCUCCGUGAGUGACAAUUGCGUGUAUGAGCAUAUCUUUCGUUCACAUUGUUCUAUAGAAUUUUUCUAUGUUCUCAAUGGCUUUCAACCGAUUUUUGUUCCUGUCAAAGAUGACGCAACUCAAAGUGGCCAUCAUCGGACAAAGUCCUUUCGCGGCGGAAGUUUAUAAACUUCUGCGUAAAAAUGGACAUCGAGUCACGGGAGUGUUUACGAUCCCGGAUAAAGGGAAUCGUGAAGAUCCUUUAGCAAUUACUGCCAAAGCUGACAAGACGCCGGUUUUCAAAAUCAAAGCUUGGAGAAACAAAGGUGUGCUCUUGUCCGAGGUCCUGGAGCUAUAUAAGAGCAUCGAGGUGGAUCUCAAUGUUCUCCCUUUCUGCACCCAAUUCAUACCCAUGGAAGUCAUUAAUCAUCCUCGCCAUCGCAGUAUAUGCUAUCAUCCGUCCUUACUACCAAGGCAUAGAGGAGCAAGUGCCAUAAGUUGGACUCUGAUCCAAGGAGACAACACCGCCGGAUUCUCGAUCUUCUGGGCGGAUGACGGUCUAGACACCGGGCCGGUUCUGUUACAGAAAUCCUGCAGAGUGAAACCGGAUGACACAGUGGAUAGUUUGUAUAACAACUUUCUCUAUCCGGAAGGUAUCACGGCGAUGGGUGAGGCUGUGAAUCUCGUGGCUAAAGGUAUCGCUCCCAUAAUACCACAAUCCAAGGAUGGCGCAACAUAUGAUCCGAUGUUGAACAAGAAGGAGGACCAACGAGUCGACUGGACCAAACCGGCAGAGGAGAUACACAACUUCAUUCGUGGUCUAGAUAGUACACCAGGUGCCUGGACGACGAUAAAUGACGAAGAGGUUCGUCUUUUCGGGUCGUCCUUGUGGAAUACCGAUUUACCACCAAACGUAACGAACAAAGUUGACCUUGCCGAGCAAAAAGGGAGCAUUCAUCAGGAUGGUUUACUGAUCGAAACUGUCGAUGGACGAUUCAUUAAUGUGGAAAGAAUCAGGAUCGGUACCAAGACUAUUCACGCCAGUAAAUAUGGGCAAGUCGAUAGUGACAACACCAUUGUCGACUUUACCGAAGAAGAGUUAAAGACUACUAACGAUUUGCGCCGGAUUUGGGAAAAUAUACUUAAAAUAGAUAUCGAAGACGACACGGAUUUCUUCGCUUCUGGUGGUGGUAGCAUGGAUGUAGUGCGUUUAAUUGAGGAAGUUAAAAACAAUUUUAAAGUCACUCUGCAGAAUAUUAACGUGUUCAUGGCACCAACCUUCAUGGAUUUUGCUAAGACAGUCGUACUCGUCUCUCGAGGAAAUGUAGCUUUGAAGGAAAUAAAGUACGACGUGGUAGAAAUACAAGCAAACAACAUGACCUUACGAUUCCCGAAACAACUUUUCAUCGAUGGCGAGUUCGUCAAUGGCCAUGGCAAACCCAUCGAUACUAUAAAUCCUAACGAUGAAAGUGUUAUCUGUUCAGUGGAAAGUGGGAACAGUGAAGAUGUUGACCGAGCUGUCAGAGCCGCCAAGGAAGCCUUCGAAAAUGGCGAGUGGGGUAAAAUUAGUGCCAGGGAACGUGGUACAUUAUUAUUCAAAUUAGCGGACCUGAUGGAGCAACAUAAGGAAGAAUUAGCUACUUUAGAAAGCUUGGACUCUGGAGCUGUUUACACUCUUGCCUUGAAAACUCAUGUUGGAAUGUCCAUUGAAACCUGGCGAUAUUUUGCUGGCUGGUGUGACAAGAUUCAAGGGAGUACCAUACCUAUUUCGCACGCUCGUCCAAAUCGUAAUCUCACUUUCACAGGACGGGAACCGAUUGGUGUCUGUGGUAUAAUCACUCCUUGGAACUACCCACUGAUGAUGCUCUCGUGGAAAAUGGCAGCUUGUUUGGCAGCUGGUAACACUGUGGUAAUGAAACCCGCUCAAGUUUCCCCAUUGACUGCUUUGAAAUUCGCCGAGCUUUCCGCACUCGCAGGCAUCCCUCGCGGUGUCAUCAAUAUUGUUUGCGGAUACGGAACUGAUGUCGGAACUGCUAUUGUAGAGCAUCCGUUAGUUAGAAAACUGGGCUUCACCGGUUCCACUAUGAUCGGUCAGACUAUCAUGAAAUCUUGCAGUAAUAAUUUAAAGAAAGUGUCCUUAGAGCUCGGUGGAAAGAGUCCUUUAGUGAUCUUUGGCGAUGCCGACAUGCAGCAAGCAGUUAGAAUCGGCAUGAAUAGCGUGUUCUUCAAUAAAGGCGAGAAUUGCAUAGCUGCUGGACGACUCUUCGUCGAAGAGACUAUACAUGACGAGUUUGUAGGACGAGUGCUCGAUGAGGUAAAGAAGAUACGCAUCGGUAAUCCCUUAGAUAGAAGUACAGCUCACGGACCGCAGAAUCACAAGGCUCAUUUGGAGAAACUUGUAAUGUUUGUGGAUAGAGGAGAGAGUGAAGGUGCUAACUUGAUCUAUGGCGGUAAGAGAUUAGACCGUCCGGGCUGGUACUUUGAACCAACUAUCUUUACAAAUGUGAAGGAUUCCAUGUACAUCGCCAAAGAAGAGUCUUUUGGCCCAAUCAUGUUGAUCUCCAAAUUUAGUCGGAAUAACAUGGAUGAACUGAUCGCCAGGGUGAAUAACACGGAAUAUGGCUUAGCUUCAGGUAUCCUCACUAAAGACAUCGACAAAGCCCUCAAGUUCGCGGAGAAAGUCGAAGCUGGUACUGUGUUUAUUAAUACAUAUAACAAGACAGACGUAGCAGCUCCCUUCGGCGGCUUCAAGAUGUCGGGAUUUGGAAAAGACUUGGGACAAGAGGCCUUGAAUGAGUAUCUGAAAACGAAGACUGUCACUAUCGAAUAUUAAUAAUGAUAAAAUUUUAUGAUCUUGAUAGUUGUUAUUGUUUUAGUUUAAGUAAUAUGUAAAAAAUAAUUUUCAUUAAAAAUAAAAGCAAAAUUAAAAAUAUCAUGUUCAAUAACAAAAGAGAAAUAUCAGAAUAUUCUGCCAAUUGAAGGUUAAAAGUUAUGUGAAUGUUAACAUUUAAAUGUUAAAUAUAUUUUAUCUAAGAAUAAGAAUUUUAGAGGGAAGAUAAUUUUUCUUCCUCCUUCCCUCUUUCUCUCACACACACACACACAUACUGCAUGCACGCACACAUGCACACACGCGGGCGCGCGCGCGCACACAUACAUACACAUAUACAAGGUCACAUUACUGUGUUUGCUACAAAUGUAUUUUUAUAAUGUUUACGAAACAUUUUAAUUCAUAUUUACUGACGGACAUUGAAAACAACUAACAACA